AUGGUAUUCUUUGAAGUACAGUGGAACCUUCGCAAACUUUACACGACCCGUUUCUUCGUCAAUGUUAUUUCUUCUUUAACGUCAGGACUUAACAUUACCGAAAACAUGACUCUUCCCUACACCCAAACCGUGAGGACUCUCAAAACCGUGAACGUCUCGGAACAGAGCUCACCGACGCUCUUGUCACCCACUCCGUUCGCGAUAAACGAAGGCACGACGACGUACCGAACGGUGAAUCUCUCGGGAGCCCAGCUGCAGCCGGUGCAGUAUAUUAACAGCGCGGUGGACGGAAAUGUUGUGUACGGUGGAGGCACGCGUUACCUGGUGCCCGUACAGCAGCGGCCCGCGGAGUCGUUCGUGUACUUGAGUCAGGCGCCGCGCGUCGUCUCACCGGUGUACGUACAGAACAUACAGCCGGUGAGCGUCAGCAGCUUCGACGAGACUGACGUCUACAGACAAGUAAGCUUCAGCCAGUCCUCCAGUCCAGUCAAGAGCCCUGAACCCUCAGAGCCAGAGUCGGUGGAGAACAACAGCUUCAGGAAGGAGGUUGUGGACGUGAAGAAUGGUCUUUCCACUAAAACGAUCACUGAGGAGAUCAAGGUGGAGCCGGUUGUCAAGAUAGACAACCGCUACUUUGGGGAGCUUCUUGCCGAGGUCUUCCGCAAGAACUGCGACAUUCACACCUACAUCUCCGAACAUGUGGCCAAGAUCCGGGGAAGGAAACACCUUCUGGACCCCACCAUUGACUACAAGGUGGAGAAAGAAGAAAUAGAGGCUCUUAUUCCUAAAGGAGGGUCUGAAUUGACAAAGCAACAGAUCCGCUACCUGCUGCAGACUCGUAUGACGGCUGAUAAGACCAUGCGUCUGUUGUUGACCACAUUCAGCAGUCUGCGAGAAGAGCUUAUGCAUCUGCAGGAGGAUCUGAGGCGUCUAGAGAGUGAGAAGGAGGAGCUGGAGAGAGAUCUGAGCUUUAAAGCCAAUCAGGCUUCGCAGUAUGACAGACUACUGGAGACUGUACGUGAGCACAACAGACAACUGCAGGUGGCUGUGAAAGAGAGUAACAAUGCUCAGCGUACUUUAGAGAGUCAGCUACUGGUCCUCCAGAGCAAAGACCCCAGCAAAGACUUCCGCAUCAAAGAGCUGGAGGGCAGCAAGAGGGCUCUUGAGGAAGAGAAUGAGCUCCUGAGGAAGAAGAUGGUUGGUCAGGGCAGUAGUUCCACUGUCCAAAUCAAAACACAGGAGCUGUCCAAACAGUACGAACAGAUGCUGAAUGAACUACGAGAGGAGAAGGAGAGAGAACUCAAGAGCCUGCGGUCUCAGCUGAUAAAGAUUCAGACCGAGCGCACCACCAUCACAAACACCUCUGACAGUAGCCUGGAACUGCGUAUCACUGAGCUCCUCACCAAACUCGAGCAACGUGAAAGUGUCAUCAAACACCAGGAGGAGGAGAUCAGACGACUCAAGCAGCAGAAGAGUGACAGCUCCAGCAGUACGACGAAAACUGUCAUUACCAAGAGAUACAUGAACCAGUACCCUAUUCUGGGUCUGCUGAGUGAUGAUUACCAGUACACACCACCCAUUAAAGAGGACAGGACUGUCGUCAUCGAGAGCACUGGAGGGAUUACCAGACGGGUAAUCUAGGCUGUAACAUUGGUAUUUGUUUGGAAUUAACUGGAAGAAGACCACGAGGUCUCCCCGUUUCCUCGUCCAGAUGCGAUUCCCUGGCUCUCACCCUGCAUACUGCCCUCUCCCUCAUCCCAGGGGCUGCUAAUGGUGAUGAUGGCUCUAACAUUUAAUGCUUGGCCUGUAGAAUUUUAAAAUUUGCAUCCUUCAUGUGUUCCACCAAACCCUUCAGCAGUCUCUGGUCAGCACUACUGUACACAUAUACAUACACUACCGGUCAAACGUUUUGAAACACUUGACUGAAAUGUUUCUCAUGAUUUUAAAAAUUGUUUGAUUUGAAGGCGUAUGCUUAAAUAUUUGAAAUUAGUUUUGUAGACAAAAAUAUAAUUGUGCCACCAUAUUAAUUUAUUUCAUUAUAAAACUAAAAUUUAAUUAAAAAAAUAACGUUUUUGUAAUUGAUGACUUGGACCAAAUAAUUAAGAAAAGCAGCUACUAAGUGCCCAACAUAGAUGGGAACUCCUUCAAUACUGUUUAAAAAGCAUCCUAGGGUGAUACCUCGAGAAGUUGGUUGAGAAAAUGUCAAGAAUACAUGUCUGCAAAUUCUAGACAAAGAGUGACUACUUUGAAGAUGCUAAAAUAUAACACAGUUUUGGUUUAUUUUGGAUUUUGUUUAGUCACAAUAUAAUUCCCAUAGUUCCAUUUGUGUUAUUCCAUAGUUUUGAUGACUUUACUAUUAUUCUAAAAUGUGAAACAAAAAUUAUAAUAAAGAAUGAGUAAGUGUUUCAAAACUUUUGACUGGUAGUGUAUUUGGAGGGAAAUGUACCCUUAUUGUAGUCAAGGGCUGUGUCUCGUUUGGAAGGCUGCAUGCUAGGUAGGACGCAUCCUUUGAAGGCUGCAGUAUACCAAGUGUCCUCCUUUAAACAAGCCUCGUUUAAACAAGAUGGACUUCGCAGGACAAACGGAAACGGAACGUAACAUGGUUGCUAUGACAGCACGCCACUCUUUAACAAGCGCGAGCGCUUUGAGUGAGAAGGGAACAAAGUCCCUUUAGAAGGGAAUGUAUGAGGUAAAUUUUAGGAGAGUUAUAAUGAUGUAAAGAGAAAAGAAAAUAGAUUUUACAGGUGAACUUUUAGUCUAAUACUUUAUUUUAAUUAUAUAUGAAUAUAAUUAUACAUAUUAUAUACUCUGCACCCAUCUACUGAGGUACUUCAACUUGGGAAUUAACAUUACUUGCAUUUGAACAUCAUAUUUACGGGCAAAUUGACAUCAUUUUUUUUUUUUAGACAUUUCCGUUGAAGCAAAGUAUUGUGGGAUAUGAGUGCCCACGAAGGAUACACCUCAUGCAUCCUCCGAAUUCCCAUGAAAGAAGGUUGCAUUCGAAUUGUCCUACUCGCUUUUCUGAAACGAGACAGCCUCGAUGACAUAUGCGGCCGUCAAAUGCGACCUCCGGAGGACACAGCCUUCUAAACGAGACACAGCCAAGUAUUGUCUGUAAUGUAAAUGGUGGUUGCUAGUCUUGUUGGUUUUCUUCUCAUUUAUUUGGUUUUGCUAGUUUGGGUAAUUUUAUGAUGUUUUUUUUUUUUUUUUUGCCUUUUAUGUUUAUGUUCUGAAAACAUCAGAGAGGUGAUGCUUCAUAUGCAAAGGGAUGCAUGCAUGUAAUAGUGGUCGACUGAAAUAGGCUUUUCUAUGGCCGAUGCCGAUAUCUGCAAAGCAGAGUGACCCAGGGGCGGACUGUGAAGAGAAAUCGGCCUGGGAUUUUAGAUAGAAACUGGCCCAAAUUUGUUGAGCGGUGGGGGGGUUGGGGGGGGGGUAGUUGCUGUCCUUUUCUGCAUACCGCGGCACCCCAUUUCAGAUUAUUGCGGCCCAUUCGGCCCCGUUUCACGGAUGGCCCACCGGGAAAAGUCCCGGUUCUCCCGAUGGCCAGUCCAUACCUGGAGUGACCCAUGGCUGAUAUAUUGAAAAUGACAGAGACAUACUCAAAAUGUUGAAAUAAACAUUUUUUACAUAAAAUUUUACUCAAAAUUCAGAAAAAAUAUUUGAAAACAUAUGCUGUCAGUAAAGGCACAGUUAUUGGCCUGUGCUGAUAAUCUAAAAAUGCUAGAUAUCUGGCAAUUAAUUGGCCUUGCCAAUAUAUCAGUAGACCAUUAAUAUGCAAUUUAAGAUGGUGAGGGAUUUUACUGCUUAUAAGUGGUUUAUGCCGAAUGGGAUAACAGUGAUAGGUUUAAACUAUGCAAAAAUCUUACAAAUUGGAUCACUGCUGUAUUUAACAUAAUAGAUAUAAUAUAAAAAUAGAUUAUUAUGGCUCUUAAAAUGUAAUUUUUGCCUUAUUCAACACUUUUUAAACAUGCAAUGGAAGAUAUCUUUUUAAAGUAAAGUAAGCUAUAAUAAUUCCUUAAUUUCAGCUUUUAUAGCCUGCAGCUGCUGGGAGUAUUUUUGUUAUGGUACAUAGAGUCUAUUUCUACAGUGUCUGCUGUAGUUCUGAGUUGUUCUGACCUACUCAAGUGUUUCCCCCCCUCUCUUAAUAUUCAAUGUAAUAUGCCUAAAAGGAAUCUUGGACUUCAAGGUACAUCCUGUUGUUUUUAAGUGUGAAGUUUUACCUUCAUUACAGUGCAAAAUGUCAAGAUUUUGUUUUGCUCAAGUUAGUGGUUAAGAGAGAAUGGCAAGAAGAGAGCAGUUCCUGAUGUCACCAAGAGGAAAAUAUUCACAAUAACUUUUAAAACAUCUCUUUUUUUAAAAAUACCUCAGCGUGGCAUUGGAAAUCCAAAGCUCUUAGGUUCUUAGAAAAAUGCUGUUUUCAAAGAAAAUGAUAUGUUGUUUGAUAUGUUACAACCUGACUAAAUGCACCUUUUAUUGAAAUAUGUUAGUGCCGCUUUAAAUGAAUAAACUUCACAAUUACAGUGUGGCAUCUGCAGCAUUAACCGAUUGAUGGAUGGAAUUUUACAUUCUGUAACAGUGUGUGCUUGAAAUAAAGUAUAUUUUGACCAUUUAA